AUGUCAAGAACUGCAAGAAUUGCUCUCUUUCUCUUCACUACAAUCCUUCUUCUCUUCACCAUUUUCUGGUUUUCACCUGUCUCCCAUCUUCCAUCAUCACUUCUUGCAAAAGUUCCUUCAUUCUUUGAACACCAGGAAGACAACUGCAACUGCAUCUUUAAAACCGUCACCUACAAAGAUGGCUAUUACGUCAAGGAUUCUGAGAAUCAAGGGAAUAGCUCUGGGCCAGAGAAUCCUGUGGUUGAUGAAAAGGAUGUGGUGGUGCUGACAGAGAAGAAUUUCAGUGAUUUCAUUACCAGAAAUCAGUAUGUGAUGGUGGAGUUUUAUGCAUCAUGGUGCUUUUGGAGUCGUAAGUUAGUUCCCGAAUACUCUGCUGCUGCUACCAUGUUAAAGGGUGAGGCUGUGCUGGCAAAAGUUGAAGCUACAGAAGAAAACGAGUUGGCAAGGAAUUAUAAGAUUCAGGGGUAUCCUACUCUCUAUUUAUUUGAUGGUGGAGUUCAAAAGGCUUCCUAUUAUGGUGAAAGGACCAGAAAUGCUAUUGCAACUUGGAUGAGGCAGAAAAUGGCUGUGUUUGUUCAAACUGUAACAACAGCAGAGGAGGCUGAAAGGAUAUUGGGCACUAAUUCUGUGAUUGUCAUGGGAUUCCUUGACACUUUAGAGGGUCAAGAUACUGAGGAGCUUGCUGCUGCUUCAAAACUGCAUCCUGAUGUCAAUUUUUAUCAAACUGAUGAUGCUGAUGUAGCAAGGUUGUUCCGCAUUGACCAGCAUAUCAAACGUCCUGCUUUAGUCCUGCUAAAAUGGGAGGUUGCAAACCGUAGCCAUAUGGUCAAUUCACCAGAUCAGCAAUGUCUUGACUUUGUUUCCUUGAAUAAAUUUCAUGCUGUGAUCACUUUCACGGUAGAAGAUGCUGCACAUAUUUUAGGCAAUCCUAUGAAACAGUUGUGGCUUUUUGCAACAAAAUAUUCCCUGGAGAUAAUCUCCACAUUUGAAGAGGCAGCAAAAGCUUUCAGAGACAAGCUUCUGUUUGUCUAUGUGGAAACUGAUGAUUUAGAUGCUGGACUUGGAGCAAAUCUUGCUUAUCAAUUUGGAGUGCCGGAAGGUUCUCCAAGAGUUGUAGCUUACAUGGCUAAUGGAGAUAAGUAUAUAUAUCGUGAUGAAUUGACCUUUGGUGGUAUUAAGUCAUUUGCAGAAGAGUUUCUGGAAGAUAAGCUUUCAAUUCAAUCAGUUCCAACUUCAGAGACAGUUAUUCAACUUCCAUCAGAUUCUCAUAACCCUAAUCCAUCUUUGAUUCCACAUGCUUAG